AUGGAGAGCGGCAGCCCGAGGAAGCCGAGGGCCAGCCACAGCGCGGGCAGGGCAGACCGGGCCGGCCAUUCCGUGGCUGCUGUCACAGGUGACGCAUCAUUAGCGACCCCGCCCACCACAGAGUCUAUGGUGCUGCCCCCGACCCCCACAGUAUCAGGUCAUGAAUUCUCCGCAAACAUCACCACAAGAGAGACUGUGGCCAUGCAUAACACAGCCACACCCACACGCCCGGCAGGAGGCUGGGCCCCUGUGCGGCUGGUAGGCAUCCACGGGAACUGCGCUGGUCGUGUAGAACUUUUGUACCAGGGAAUCUGGGGGACGGUGUGCGAUGACCUCUGGGACCUGCCGGAAGCAAACAUCAUCUGCAGGCAACUGGGCUGCGGCUCGGCUGUUGCAGCUCUGAGCGAGGCCCACUUUGGGGAAGGCUCUGGGAUGAUCCUCCUCGACAACAUGAACUGCACGGGCCAGGAGGAGCACCUGGAGGAGUGCUCCCACCUCGGCUGGCUGUCCCACAACUGUGAUCACAGGGAGGAUGCCAGCGUGGUCUGCUCAGAUGCUGAAUAUUCAGGGAUCAUGCCAACAGACCUUCCGUUAGCUACCAUGGAUGGUUCAGUGGCUACAGGAGAAACUAAGUGUGGUGGCGUUAUUACCAACUCGUCUGGGGCGAUCAGGAACCCCCCAAUGAACGAGAUGCACAACAACAUAACCUGUGUGUGGGAAAUCAAGGCAAAUGCAUCCUCCCAUGUGCGGCUGGCGUUUCCACAUCUUAAUCUCGACUGCAGCAAUGAGUAUUUUGAAAUCUUGGAUGGGCCUCCGUCUUCCACGAAGUCCCUGGGGAAGAGCUGCUCUGGGUUCCACAUCUCCUUCAUAUCCACCUCCAGCUCGAUGACCCUCGUGUACUUCCGGAACUUCAACAAUAUCGGGAAGCCCUUCAUGGCUUACUAUUACUCUAAAGCAAAUGAGUUGACGACGAGGACGCCACAUCUCAUCACCAUCCCGACAGCAACAUCCACAUGGGUAACAGCAAGACCAGCUCAUGGAAGGGUUCCAUGCUCACAGAGGGCAACUCUCACCAGGUCUCUGUCUGCAGGGGACUGGCCAGAGCUGCGGCUGGUGGGUGGCCCCAACCGGUGCUCAGGACGAGUAGAGAUCAUGCACCAGGGCGCCUGGGGCACCGUGUGCGAUGACCUGUGGGACCUGAAUGAAGCUGAAGUUGUGUGCCGCCAGCUGGGGUGCGGCCAGGGCAUGUCUGCCCUCGGGAAGGCACACUUUGGAGAAGGCACCGGAAAUAUCUUCCUGGACAACCUGCAGUGUGCUGGAAUGGAGCACUUCCUGGGCCAGUGUGCCCACUCGGGCUGGCUGGAGCACAACUGCGGCCACCAUGAGGAUGCUGGUGUCAUUUGCUCAGAUGCUGAAGACUCUGUGUCUAAUGGUCCAGGGGACUGGCCAGAGGUGCGGCUGGUAGGCGGCUCCAGUCAGUGCUCAGGAAGAGUGGAGGUCCUGCACAAGGGGGCCUGGGGCACCGUGUGUGAUGACCUGUGGGACCUGAACGAAGCUAAGGUUGUGUGUCGCCAGCUGGGGUGCGGCCAGGCUGUUUCUAGUCCUGGUGAGGCUCACUUUGGCCCAGGCUCAGGUGACAUCUUCAUGGAUAACCUCCAGUGUUCUGGGGUGGAGCAAUACCUUGGCCAGUGUGCCCACUCUGGCUGGUUGAAUCACAACUGUGGCCACCAUGAGGACGCCGGUGUCAUCUGCUCAGGUGCCGAAGACCUGUCUUCACAUCCAGCUGGUCAUUCGGAGGGUCACUUGGGUGAUCCCAUGUGGUCACAUCCUGACAUCCUUUUUCCUUUUGUUUCAGGAGGAAGCAGCUCUUGCGGAGGGGUCAUUUCCAGUCCCUCUGGCUCAUUUUCUAGCCCACACUAUCCAGAAAACUACCCAACAGACAUCCAGUGUGUUUGGGAGAUCCACGUGGAUAAAAAAUCCCGCAUAGAACUCGUGAUUCCAAACUUGAACCUGGAAGACAUACUGGGAUGCCCCUAUGACUCUGUUGAGAUCUUUGAUGGCCCCAGGAUCGCAUCACUGUCCAUGGGGAAGUUCUGUGCACCAGCAGCUGUCAUCUUUUUCUCCUCCUCUGACAUCAUGACGGUGGUGUUCCGAAGUGAUUACAUGAUAACCAACACGGGCUUUUAUGCUAUGUUUAAUUCAAUUUCACAGGAUGGAAGGAAGUCAGAAGGCACACCGGUGCUGCGGCUGGUGGGUGGCUCUGGACGGUGCUCAGGGCGCGUGGAAGUCUUCCACCAGGAGGCCUGGGGAACUGUGUGCGACCAUCUGUGGGACCUGAAGGAAGCCGAGGUCGUGUGCAGACAGCUGGGGUGUGGACAUGCCAUUGCGGCUCCCGGGAAGGCUUACUUCGGCCCAGGCUCUGGAGACAUCCUCCUGGACAACAUUCAAUGCUCGGGAAGCGAGGCCCACUUUGGCCAGUGCCCCGUCUCUGGCUGGUCAGACCAUAGCUGUGGACACCAUGAGGAUGCUGGAGUUAUCUGCUCAGAAAAGGCCACGUGCAGUCUGAAGAGACCACACAUAAGUCUCUUGUCUGCUCCCACAGAAGGAAGUGACUCUUGUGGGGGAGUAAUUUCAAGUCUCUCCGGCUCCUUCUCCAGUCCCUGGUACCCUACAAACUACCCCACUAAUAUGGAGUGCAUCUGGGUGAUUCGCGUGGGUGAGAAGUUCCACAUCGAGCUGACAAUCCCAAGCCUGAAACUAGAGGACAUCUACGGGUGCCCUUAUGACUUUGUUGAAGUGUUCGACGGACAGCCAGCUGCCUCACUGUCCAUGGGCAGAGUCUGCUCUGGGGCAGAGCUCACGUUCACCUCCUCCUCACAUGUCAUGACCGUGGUGUUCAAAAGUGAUGCUGUGAUCACCAACACCGGGUUCUAUGCUCUGUUCAACGCCAUUCAGCAAGAUGAAGGGCCAACUGGCAUGUCCCUGCGACUGGUGAAUGGCAGUCACAGGUGUGAGGGCCGGGUAGAAGUCUCCUACAAUGGCACAUGGGGCACGGUGUGUGAUGACAGCUGGGACCUGACAGACGCCACGGUGGUGUGCCAGCAGCUCGGCUGCGGUGAGGCGGUAUCAGCUCUAACCGGGAGCCACUUCGAUGGAGGCGCUGGCCAUAUCAUGAUGGGUGAUGUGCAGUGCAUGGGGAAUGAAUCCAAGGUGUGGCAGUGCUCACACCGCGGAUGGCUAUCCCCCAACUGUGGGCACAACAAGGAUGCCAGUGUCAUCUGCUCAGAUGAGAGUUUCCGCUGUGGUGGCUUGCUCGUAAACAGUUCAGGCUCCUUCUCCAGUCCCUGGUAUCCUAAAAAGUACCCCACAAAUGUGGUAUGUGCCUGGGACAUACAGGUGGAUGCCAAGGCUCAUGUCAAGCUUACAUUUGAAGUGGUCAAAAUGGAAAACUUCUAUGGCUGUCCCUAUGACUUCAUUGAAGUCUUCGAUGGGCCACAAAAUGAUUCUUUGUCACUGGGAAGAUUCUGCUCAGGAAUAACCCCAGUCUUUACGUCUUCGUCACACCGCAUGAGCGUGGUGUUCCACAGUGACGCCAUCAUCACCAGCCUCGGGUUCUAUGCCUCCUACGAGUCUCUGGUGCAAGAUGAGAAAGACACAGAUGUGGCGCUCAGACUGGCCAGCGGCAGCCGCCCGUGCGAGGGCCGCGUGGAGCUUCGCUACAGCCACAGCUGGGGCACCGUGUGUGAUGACAGCUGGGACCUGCGUGACGCCCAGGUGGUGUGCCAGCAGCUGGGCUGUGGCGGGGCUGUGGCGGCCGUCGGGAGCGCACAUUUCGGCCGAGGAGAGGGCCCUGUCGCCCUGGACGAUGUGGAGUGCGUGGGGACAGAGGCCAGGCUGUGGCAGUGUCUGCACAGAGACUGGUUUGCCCACAACUGUGGCCACCAUGAGGAUGCUGGAGUCAUCUGCUCAGGGCUGGUGAGUGGGACAAACAGAUGUGAGGGCCGAGUGGAGGUCUACUAUGCCAAUGCCUGGGGUACUGUGUGUGAUGGCAACUGGUCCAUAGAAGAUGCCCACGUGGUCUGCGGACAGCUUGGCUGUGGGCUGGCCUUGUCUGCCCUUCCAGGAGCCAGCUUCAAGCCUGGAUCAGGCAGCAUUGUCCUUGAUAAUGUCAACUUCACAGGAAAGGGGUCCUCCUUGGAGCAGUGCCCUCACAGUGGUUGGCUUACCCAUGACUGUGGGCACCGUGAGGACGCUGGGGUCAUCUAUCUGCCGCUGGUGAGGCUGGUGGCCGGGGGGAGCCGCUGUGAGGGCCGCGUGGAGGUCCAGCACAACGGCACCUGGGGGUCUGUAUGUGAUGAUCUCUGGGGCGUGCAGGCCGCCCAGGUGGUAUGCCAGCAGCUGGGCUGUGGGGUGGCCUUGGCAGCCCCCAGGAGCAGUCUGUUUGGAGGUGGCUCUGGUCCUAUCUUCCUAGACGAUGUGAGGUGUUCGGGCACCGAGACCAAUCUGGGGCAGUGCCACCAUCUGGGCCUGUCUGUACACAAUGGUGGACACCAUGAGGACGCCGGGGCCAUUUGCUCAGGUGCAUCUUCAACCUCAGCAGAAGAGAAGACCUCCUCUGAUGUGUCUUCUACCUCAGUAGAAGAGGAGACCUCCUCUGAUAUUUCUGCAAUCUCAGCAGAAGUGACUUCUCCAACUGAUAUUUCUGCAAUCUCAGCAGAAGUGACUUCUCCAACUGACUCGUCGUCAUCCUCAGCAGAAGAGGAGACCUCCUCAGAUGUCUCUUCAGCCUCAGCAGAAGAGAACUCUUCGACUGACUCACCAUCAUCCUCAGCAGAAGAGGAGACCUCCCCUGAUACAUCUUCAGUCUCAGCAGAAGAGACCUCUUCAUCUGACUCAUCUUCCAUAUCAACAGAAGAGGAUAGCUCCUCUGAUACGUCUUCACCCUCAGCAGAAGCGACCUCUCCAACUGAUAUUUCUUCAGCCUCAGAAGAAGUGACCUCAUUAACUGCCACAGAGCCAGUGUUCACAAAAAUUACACCAUCACCUGACCUGCCCCUGCGCCUGGCGGGAGGGCAGGACCGCUGCGAGGGUCGCUUGGAGGUGCGGCACCAGGGCGUGUGGGGCACGGUUUGCGAUGACCGCUGGAACAUUAAGAACGCCCGGGUGGUGUGCCGCCUCCUGGGCUGUGGCCGUGCGCUGGGCGCCCCAGGCCGUGGUCACUUUGGACCAGGCUCGGGCCCCAUCCUGAUGGACGAAGUGCGCUGCUCAGGGAAUGAGGAUGCACUGGACCACUGUGCCCACGCGGGCUGGGCACAUCACAACUGCCACCACAACAAGGAUGCUGGUGUGGUCUGCGCAGGUCCAGUGCAGGACACCCUUGUGCCCAGUGAUAAUGCUCAGCUCUCCUGCUUGCCUCACCUCUUCCAAGCUGUCAUUGACCGAGGCUAUCUCCGAAGACUGGGCUAUUCCUCCUGGGACAUCCAUUUAAAUGACAAGAUGUGUCGCCCCCAAGUCACCGGGCGCUACCUGAUCUUCAACAUCCCCUAUGGCCACUGUGGCACUGUCAAACAGGAGCAGCUCGGGUCCCUCAGCUACUCCAACUCCAUCAGAGGCCGAAUACACGGCCACCCUGGCCGAAUCAUUGUGCGGCACAAGGUGCCCCAGGUGAAGUUCACCUGCAAAGUGAAUGGCCCAUCAGCAGUUAAAAUCGGCCACGGGGAUGACAUCCAGACAGACGAUGCCAGCUACGAUGUGACCAUUUCGUUCCUCCAGUCACCUACAUCCCAGGAUAUGGGGGGCAUGGCACCUCCCUAUGCCAAUCAGGGGAAAGAGGUCUUCCUCCAGGCCACCCUCCAAAGCCCCAACCCUGACCUGAGACUUGUCGUGGACACCUGUGUGGCUUCACCAGAUGCCAGUGAUUUCACAACUGUCAAGUACGAUUUGAUCCAGCAAGGGUGCAUCAAAGACAACACCUAUACCAACCUCCACUCCCCUAAGAAGAACGUGGCCCAGUUCAAGUUCAAUGCCUUCAGCUUUCUCAAAGGCUACGAUGUGGUCUUUGUGCAGUGUACGAUUGCUGUGUGCCGAGCCAGGGACUCCUCUCCUCACUGCUCCCAGCGCUGUACAGGGCAGGGCAGGAGAGGGGCAGGCCCCCUGGAGGUCACAGAAGAACAGACUAAGUAUUUCCAAAUGGUGGGACCCCUGAAGAUCCACAGAGCAGCUGAUCAGACCCUUGUGUGA